GUCUCUCUCCAACACUCUCUAAUCUUCUCCGUAUAAAAUCAAGCCCUCCACAACCUUAAAAAAUAUAUAUAUACACACAACCAUUAAUUAGUACUAAAACGACAUGUCCUCUGGCAGCACUCCUCCGCCGUACGAAGUCGACGAGUGCCGCGGCGUCCUCCGCGUGUACAGCGACGGCUCCGUCGUCCGCUCCUCCAAGCCGAGCUUCGACGUCCCGGUCCACGACGACGGCUCCGUCCUAUGGAAAGACGUCGAAUUCGAUCCGGCUCACGGCCUCAGCCUCCGGCUCUACAAGCCGGCGGCUCGGUCCCCUGCCAGUGCCAAGCUCCCGGUCCUCUUCUACAUCCACGGCGGCGGCUUCUGCAUCGGCUCCCGCGGCUGGCCCAACUGCCAGAACUACUGCUUCCGGCUCGCCUCGGAGCUCCGAGCCGUGGUCGUCUCCCCGGACUACCGGCUCGCUCCGGAGAAUCGGCUCCCGGCAGCUAUAGAGGACGGCUUCGCGGCGGUGAAGUGGCUCCAGGCGCAAGCCGAGUCGGAGGAGCCGGACGAGUGGCUGAGCCGCGUGGCGGAUUAUGGGAACGUGUUUGUUUCUGGUGACUCGGCUGGUGGGAAUAUAGCUCACAAUUUGGCGGUUCGACUCGGUGCGAGAUCGCCCGAGUUGGGACCGGUUCGAAUAAGGGGUUAUGUGCUUUUGGCGCCGUUUUUUGGUGGGACGGUUAGGUCCAAGUCGGAGGCCGAGGGUCCAAAGGACGCCUUUCUCAAUUGGGAGCUCAUUGAUAGGUUUUGGAGGCUAUCUAUACCAAUUGGAGAAACGAGAGACCAUCCACUUGUGAACCCAUUUGGGCCAUCAAGCCCAAGCCUUGAAGGAGUGGAUCUUGACCCAAUCUUGGUUGUGGUUGGGGGAAGUGACCUGCUCAAAGACAGAGUUGAAGAAUAUGCAACAAGACUCAAAAAUUGGAGAAAGAAGAUUGAGUAUGUGGAAUUUGAAGGACUACAACAUGGUUUCUUCACUAUUGAUCCCAAUUCAAAACAUUCAAACGAACUUAUGUUGAUUAUCAAGCGCUUCCUUGCUCAAAAUUCUAGUUAAUAUCACUGCCGUUGAUUGGGAAGUUUGUUUGAUUGAAAACUCCUUGAUGUGAAUGUGUGUUCUGGUGAUUUUUGUAUCGUAUAUAUAUACUUACCAUGUUUGAUUUCUAUGAAUCCCUGAAAAUGAUGGAAAGUCUCGACUUGAAAAA